ACUGGUGUCAAACAUGGUCGCUGAAAAUAGCAGAAGAAAAAUAUUGCAAAUGAUGUAGUUUUUGUUAAAAUAAGUGCUAAUUUUUGCUUAUUUCGGCAAUAAAAAUUGUGCAAAGCGAAGCGAAAAGUGCGAAACAUAGUGGAAAUCAAUUGGUCUCGCCGGGGACCGAUUCAGUGCGCAGAGAGCUCGUAAUGUUUUCGUUGUUUUGAUCGGAAUCGCGAAACAGGGGGAAAAAUCGCAUCGAAUGUUGAUAGUUUCGGGAAGAGGCAGACAAAAGCAAAAUAAUCCGCAAGAACCUUCGGCCGUCGGAAUGUCGCCCUUGUGGACGGCCAGGUAUGACUAUCAGGCCCAGGGCGAGGAUGAACUCUCGCUGCGGGUUGGCCAGAUUGUCUUUGUCCUGUCAAUGGACAGCAGUAUUUCCGGAGACGAGGGUUGGUGGACGGGUAAAAUCGGUGACAGGGUUGGGAUUUUCCCAUCCAAUUUCGUCACGAAUGAAGAUCCGACAGUGUUAAAUGUGCAGCCAUUGGAGAUUAAGUUUCAAGAGCUCGAUCUCCGAGAAGUGAUUGGAGUUGGUGGGUUCAGUAAAGUUCAUCGUGCCUUUUGGAAUGGCUUGGAAGUGGCCGUGAAGGCUUCCCGUCAGGAUGAGGACAUUGAUGGAACCCGGGAAAAUGUACUGAAAGAGGCCAAACUUUUCUGGUCACUAAAGCACCCGAAUAUCGUCGAAUUGAAAGGAGUAUGCUUGGAACAGCCGAUUCUUUGUCUGGUUAUGGAAUAUGCUCGUGGAGGAUCGCUCAACAAAAUACUGGCUGGCAGGAAAAUCCCCCCGGAUGUGCUGGUGGACUGGGCAAUACAAAUUGCCAGGGGGAUGAAAUACUUGCACUGCGAAGCGCCAAUAUCCGUCAUUCACAGAGACCUGAAAAGCUCUAAUGUACUAAUCUGUGAUCCGGUAAUGAGUGGCAAUUUGAAGAACAAAACCCUCAAAAUCACAGAUUUCGGUCUUGCACGGGAGGCGUACACAACAACCAGAAUGUCUGCUGCUGGUACUUUUGCGUGGAUGCCUCCAGAGGUCAUCAAGUCGGGUACCUAUUCGAAGGCCUCCGAUGUUUGGAGCUACGGUGUGCUGCUCUGGGAAUUGCUAACCGGUGAAACGCCUUACAAAGGAUUUGACACACUGUCGGUCGCGUACGGAGUGGCCAUCAAUUCACUCGCUCUGCCAAUACCUAAGACCUGUCCCGAAGCUUGGGGAAAGCUAAUGAAGUCCUGUUGGGAAUUGGAUCCGCAUCGGCGACCCUCGUUUAGGGAUAUCGAAAAAGAUUUAGAUACUAUCGCACGUUCAGGAUUCGGACAAACACCGCACGAAUCGUUCCACACGAUGCAAGACGGCUGGAAGAGGGAAAUUGCCGAAGUUCUUCAGGAGCUGCGUAGAAAAGAGAAGGCAUUUAAGUCUUUUGAAGAGGAAUUACGCUCCAAAGAGGAAGAGCUCAGCAGGGUGCAACAAGAGCAACAGUUUCGAGAAGAAGAUCUUGCCAAACGGAAGCAAGAGUUGGACGCUCGUGAAAUCGAACUGCUGGGACGUGAGUUGAAAAUUAUCAUCACCCAGAACACGCCCACACCAAAGAAACGAAAAGGAAAAUUUAGCAAGAGCAAAUUAAGGUUAUUGAAACGUGAACCGGGUCACAUUUCGUUUCCGCUCGAUUUUCGUCACACGAUAACGGUCCAACCUACGGCUAUUCGGGACGAAUGUCGACAGCGCACGGACACUCCUCCCGGUUCCCCUGCCGCUACCAGACUGAGGGCCAUCGCACUUCCGGCUGAUGGUAUGAAAGGUAAAACCUGGGGGCCAUCGACUCUGCAUCAGCGCGAACGAAGUUACUUACCGGCGCUCAGAUCGACAGUUCGGACUCCGCAUUUCAGUAAAAGUGCCCCGAAUUUGGACAAAUCCCGCUCGGCGAUAUCCGCCAGUUCGUCGCGUAACGAGAUAUUAGAUUACGACACUGAUGAAUGGUACGCAUCAAAUCUAAAUGUUGCCGGUGACAGCACGUCAUUGAGUACGCCGCUUUGUACUAGCCUGACCAGAUUCAAUGGACUUCCGAGCACUAUCCCGAUGCCAACGCUUUAUUCUUCCGAAGGGCAACGAAAACCAAAGUUAUCGAUCAUAGAGUUAGUGUUGUAUAAUAUUGCUUCAAUGUUGGCGGGUGUUGCUUCCGGAUAUGAUGUUCGAUUAUCGAAUGUUACGCCCUUACAUCCACGGUUACACCCGCCAUCGGUGCUAAAUGACGCUUAUCAGCCCCAGCCUAGUCCAUACCACAAUCUACGUCAGCUGCAACAGCCUCAAUUAUCAAUGCCUCCGAAUCUAGAUAGCAAUGUUGACCAAGAGUUCACUGAAGUACAUAACGAGAGGAUGUAUGCUCACAAUACUUACCACGGACCAGUGAAGCAUAACAGGACGCCUUUAUCUUCGCUCAGCCCACGCCAAGACGACCGACCGCUGCGUUUCGCGGAUUCGCCUCAGCAUUAUAUACCUUCCACGAUGUCGACCACCAGUGGCCUAGGAUCGAACUACACCCCCUCAGGGCCAAGUUCCUCGCUGAGUGGCGGUGUUGGGGGCACACAACCUCCGACGCCUUCGCCUAGACGUAAAUCAAGCGCAGCUUCCUUCAUCGACUAUGGGGAGCUUCCGGAGGAGCAGGAAAGUAGAACUGGUCUCUAUGUGCCCGGUGACUACGUUAACUAUCCGUACCAGGGAAGCAAUAUGUGUACGACAGGACCAAAUGCGGGUUAUUUUGGAUCACAUUACUUUCCAUAUCGACCGGAGAUCAAUUUCGCCUACGAGCGUGACACGAAGUCAUAUGGAGGCGAGCCUGUUUACGAAGACCAUCACUACGAUAGUGCGUCGUAUCACGAUUAUGCUUACGAAGGAGGCACGUCGCAGCGUUUCAAUGCCCCACGUGUUCCGGCAAUGGGCGUAAGUGCUGCUGGCCAUCGAAGAACGUUGUCCAAUGUUUCCACGACUGCUAGCAAUAUUAAUCAAGGGUUUCAUCUGGAUCAGGAUGACGACAUUGAAGUGGUAGACAGUACCAUUUAUAAUUUAAGCCAAUUCUACAUAGGUAACAAUCCGAAUACAGUCAAAGUGCCGGAAUCUAGCUACGUUCCUAAUCGUAUGCGUGAGUAUGAAAACAUUCCAAACUACUUUAAGAGGCAAACUAGUCUGAACGCCGGUUACCCGGGUCACUUUUCUAAUGAAUUUAUAAAUAUCACAAAUCACGAGCGACCUAUGAGUCUAGGCCUAGAACAUGGUGGAACGCAAUCAUCAGGGGCUGGUUCCCAAGUGAAGCUGCGUUCUAGCUUGAAGAAACACAACUCCCAACAGCAACAGCAGCAUCAAAAGAAGUAUAGUACCGGUUCUAGUGGAAGCUGUGGUACGCCUGGAACCACAAAUCAUACGCCUCCAGAGAGUCUAACUAGUGACGACAGUUCUUAUUUGAGCGCAAAAGAUAAUUCCUCCUCGAUGUCGUCUCAGAGUAGGGUUCGUUUCACGCCGGAAAUCCUCUUGGAUGUGCAAAAACCGCAGCAGCAACAACAACACCAACAUCCACAGCAUCUAUCUUCCCAGCAGAUUCAAAGUAGCCAAAAUUUAGCACUCGAGCACGGAUCACACGUCCCACUCGGGCGGCGGUCAUCAGGCGGCACCAUACCGGUAGCGUCUUCAAGCAAUACUUCUCUCGUCAGCAGACGCCGUUCGAACGCAAGUGAAUCCGAACAAUCCUAGCAUUACGUUAAAACCUAUAUGGUGUAACUUUCGAUUUUCCGGUGCACUUAUUGACUUGCGCACUUUUUAUUGCUAGGAAGACGAGCGGGGGAUGAUAAGAAGAUUAAGAGAUCAAACAAAGAAGCAAUUUUGCUGCCGCAGAUAUAAUGCGAGAGUGAUUACGUGUUCGAUUUUCUUUAUUGCAGUAUUCAGCCAUGAAAAAAUAAUACUUAUUCAACUGAGAUUGUAUCAAUUCAAUGCCGGUAGCAGUAACUAUAAAAAACUCAGAAAUAUUGCUCCACCACUUUAAGCUUUGCAGAGAAAACAAUAAAACAAUUCCUACAUCAGACAAGUUCAGGCAGUUGUAAUCCAAAUGUUCCAGCAUGGUUGAAAACAAUGUUUUAUCGCCUUCGACGAUAACGACCGGCAUACAGUUAUAUUUAUGAGCCUUUUUACUCGGUUAGAUUCUUUCGCACGCUGUAAAAUGGAAGGACAACUUCUUCGAUGGCGAACUGUUAUAUAUCUGAAGCACAUUCAUAAGAUUCAUUGGUUUCAAUCGUAAACAAACGAUUUUUGAUAGUCGAUAGACGAACUCUUGCAGCUGUGUUCUCACUAGCCAAUGACAAGAUUACUCUAUAAGAGGAUUAAAAUUGUCGUCUAAGUUUCGCAUAAUUUUCAGGAAAUCUCAAUAUCAGCAGUAGUGCACUGACUGCAAUCCCCCGGUCUGGAAUCGAUCGAUAAAUUAAUUUGCUCAAUCCUCCAUAGCUUUGCUUCUGCCAUCAUGCUGGCAAAUGCAGAAAUAAUGUGAAACUUUGGGUUUCAACCGCUCCUGUUUGCUCUGUCUCUCCACUCAUUUCAGUUUGGAAACUUAUUUUUUGCUGCCAACUCAUGGCAAAGAAGAAAAUGCAACAACACUGACUGCCUAAGAAAUAAGUAUAAAGUUAAAGUUGUGUCUCCACUCUUAGGUACUUUGUAGCUCAAGUGGCGUUACGUGCUGAAAUAUUUUGCCUCUCUGGAAAAAAAAAUCAGGGGAUCUGUUUCAACCGGACUUUGAGUUAAAGUCUGAAACUCGUACUACUUAUACGCAUUCAGGAAGCAAGUUAAAUAGAAAGUUUUGUGACACAAAUCUCCCAAAAGACGGAGACCGUGUCUCUGGAGCCGGCCUACUGAUAAAGCUGUUCCUGAUAAGACCAAUUGUUCAAAUGGUAAGGAAAAUAGCGGUUUCGGUAAUACUAUUACCACAACUCAUUUUUUAAGGCACUUUGUGCUCGUGGCCACUACUGUGCCGGAAUCAGUUGAUCUGUAGCUUCUUCUUUACCGAUUUUUCAACUUAUCUAUA